GGAGGCGGGCCCGGCGGACCCCAGCGCGCGGGGACUGGCCCGGGUGCCCGCUUCCCCAGCGCGUCGCGGCCGCGCGGCCCGGCCGAGCCCAGAGACCACCCAGCCCCGGCCGGGCACAGCCGCGAUGUCGGUGGCGGGCCUGAAGAAGCAGUUCCACAAAGCCAGCCAGCUGUUCAGUGAGAAAAUCAGUGGCAUCGAAGGAACGAAACUAGACGAUGAGUUUCUUGACAUGGAAAGGAAAAUAGAUGUCACCAAUAAAGCUGUUGCAGAAAUUCUCUCAAAAGCCACGGAAUAUCUUCAGCCCAAUCCAGCAUACAGAGCUAAGCUAGGAAUGCUGAACACUGUGUCGAAGAUCCGAGGGCAGGUGAAGACCACCGGCUACCCGCAGACGGAGGGCUUGCUGGGAGACUGCAUGCUGAAGUACGGCCGGGAGCUCGGGGAUGGCUCCACCUUCGGUGGUGCGCUGAUAGAAGUUGGCGAAUCCAUGAAGCUCAUGGCUGAGGUGAAGGACUCCCUUGAUAUUAAUGUAAAGCAAACGUUUAUUGAUCCACUUCAGUUACUACAAGACAAAGAUUUAAAAGAGAUUGGGCACCACCUGAAAAAGCUGGAGGGCCGCCGCCUGGAUUACGAUUAUAAAAAGAAGAGAGUAGGUAAGAUACCAGACGAAGAAGUCAGACAAGCGGUAGAAAAAUUUGAAGAGUCAAAGGAGUUGGCUGAAAGAAGCAUGUUUAAUUUUUUAGAAAACGAUGUAGAACAAGUCAGCCAGCUGGCCGUGUUCGUAGAGGCUGCUUUAGACUAUCACAGGCAGUCCACCGAGAUCCUGCAGGAGCUCCAGAGCAAGCUGCAGACUCGGAUAUCGGUGGCAUCCACUCUGCCCAAACGCGAAUACAAGCCACGGCCCCUAAAAAGGAGUCCGAGUGAGCUCAAUGGGGUGCCCACCACCUCGACGGCAAAGCUGACAGGCUCCCACGCUCCCCUGGACCAGCCCUGCUGCCGUGGCCUGUAUGACUUUGAGCCAGAAAACCAAGGAGAAUUAGGAUUUAAAGAAGGGGACAUCAUUACGCUCACGAAUCAGAUCGACGAGAACUGGUACGAAGGGAUGCUGCGCGGGGAGUCCGGAUUCUUCCCCAUUAAUUAUGUGGACGUGAUUGUGCCUUUACCUCAGUGAACGCGUGCUCAGACUCCGGACGCGCUCUCGUAACCGAGAUGAGUUCCCACCCGUGCUCUCCCCGCGUGGCGGUCUGGGACAACCUCCUGCUGUGACCGGCUUCACGACUUUUUGUAUGUGUGUUCCCUUUAUAACGUAUUUUAUAUCAAUUUCAUUUGUAUAAAUGACCUCCUUGUCGUAGUUACACGAAGACGCAGUUUUCUUUUUUUUUUUUGCUUGUUGCCCUACAAGCCAUUGGUUCUACAAAUGGAUGUCCUUGUGGUUGCUAAAAAUAAACCGCACCCAUUGCAGUUACGUCAGCGAAUUGCCAAACGCAAAAUUCAAAACGAAGAAAUGCUGAAUACUCUCUUUCCUGACAUGACUGAGGGCAGCUGGUGGUCCCCCUGCGUCGUGUUUUUGCUGACCUUAAAUAGCCCAAUAAAU